GCGGAGCGCCAUGAGCGAUGGGUAUCCGGGUAGGAAACGUGUAAUGAAGUUAGGGUGCAGAGUAGCAUAGUGAGAACCAGCGCCCUGUGUAGCUUUGUAGUCCAUUGACGCCUUGUGUAGUGGGAGCCUGAAACCAACUAAUCAUGGUUAAAAAAGACCCUAAUAAGCCUCGGGGCAAAAUGUCCUCAUAUGCGUACUUUGUGCAGACUUGUCGAGAGGAGCACAAGAAGAAGCACCCGGAGGCCUCUGUCAACUUUACAGAGUUUUCAAAGAAAUGUUCUGAACGGUGGAGGACCAUGUCAAACAAAGAGAAGUCAAAGUUUGAAGACCUGGCCAAGAACGACAAGGUCCGUUACGAUCGGGAGAUGAAGAACUAUAUUCCUGAGAAAGGGGACAAGAAAAGGAAGAAGGAUCCAAAUGCUCCCAAAAGACCACCAUCAUCGUUUUUCAUUUUCUGCUCUGAAAAACGUCCAAAGAUCAAGAGUGAAUCACCUGGAUUGUCCAUUGGCGAUGUUGCAAAGAAACUGGGCGAGAUGUGGUCCACAGUGCAAUCCAAGGAUAAGCAGCCAUACGAGCAAAAGGCAUCUAAAUUAAAGGAGAAGUAUGAGAAGGAGGUUGCAGCCUACAAAGCCAAAUGCAAAGUUGAUUCUGGUAAGAGACCUGCUGCCAAGCCAGCUCCGGCCGCGAAGAAGAAGGAAGAGGAGGAGGAAGACGAUGAUGAUGAAGAGGAGGAAGACGACGAUGAGGAGGAGGAAGACGACGAUGAGGAUGAUGAUUAAAUGGCAACAGAUAUAAAAAAAAUGUCUGUCUAAGCUUGAUCUAUUUUUCUUUGCGAGGACAAGAAAUGUGAACUCAUUUGUAAUUUGGAUCAAUGGCUUAGGUGUAAAGAAACUGUACAAAACUGUGUAUAGUUAGUGUUGUAUUUUUACACUGCGUAGCCAGGCCCUGUAAUGUUUUAAUUGUAAGUAGCUGAUUUUUUUUAAAGGCACUGCAAAGAAGAGGGGCUCCAGAGUCAUGGAAUGUUUUUGCCUAUUUAAUGUGUGUGAAAUUUUCAAAUGGCAAAAGUAGUAAGAUUUUUUUUGUCAUGCAGUUAAUACCAAUUUCUUUUGCCAAUUUUUUUUUGUUUGUAGAUCUUCUGUCACUACAUGUGAUUGCUAACUUUUCAUGGUUAGAUCAUGAUAAGAAUCAAUACUUUUUUAAUAAAACUGAAACAUUAACUUGUG